AUGCGAGGGGCAGAGCCUGGUUCUCCCCGGAGCAGCCCCACCUCGCCAGGCCUCCCCGCCUGCAGCCUCAUCUCUGCGCAGCCGUCCGGCUCGGGGGAGCGGGUCUCUGGGGUCCGGCCGCACGCCCCCGACCACAGCCAGCAUGGACCCGGGCGCAGGGCCCUUCGCCCCGAGGAGGGUUACGGACCCAAGGCGAGCGGAGGCGGCAGUGCCGGCUGCGGUCCCCGCCCCGCGGCCGGGGCCGACUCACCCUGGGCCGCCGGGACCGCGCGGGGAGGAGCGCAGGGCGCCGGGCGCUCAGGCUCCGGUUCCUGCCCCGCCCCCGGAAGCGGCCGCUGCGCCGCUCUGGGAGGCCUGGAGGACCGCGCACCUCGAUGGCGCUCGCCAGGGCUGCAGCGAGGGGCGCGCCUCGGGGGUUCCGGGCGAGACCGGGUAUCAGUCCCAGGCCCCAGGGGCGCGGAAGAGCGUCAACGAUCUCGGCGCUCCGUUUCCCCCAGGAUAGGAGGCGGCGAACGUUCAUCCCUUGCGCCCACUCCUUGCCUCCGGGUGGCCUGCGGGGGUUGGGGAGCACGGCGCGGGAUCGAUUCCUGGACCCGCAGGAACGGCGGAGCUGGGACAUCGGGCCGGGCAUGUGACCCAGCCCAUCCCCGUUCCUUCUUCCUCGCCCCGGGACCCUCCAGCUUGGCCCUCCCCACUUCCUGGGCCGGCCGGCCCUCACCCUCGGCAAGGAUCCCCGGGCUCCUCUCCUCGACGCCCGACCUCUCCAAGGACCUACAGUGGACAAGGUCCCCGCGUCCAGCAGCGCCCGUCCAUCAGGGAGACGGUCAUCUGCCACCUGCAAACCACGACGUUCCACGAGGGGGUACACGCGUCUCCCCUGCCCAUCUCCUGCUCUGCAUCAACGAGAACCCCUCCGCCUACACGGAAGCCCCUCACCAGGCAAAGCCGGGAGCCCCAGACCCCGUGGCCCGGAGUGGGUCGAUCUGUAACGCCCUGCACAGUUCACUCAACCACUCGGCGCCUCCUCGGCCACUCAGAGAACACUUGCCCUCCCGGAGACCCCGGUGAAAGCCGAGCACUCUCUCGCUCCUUCAGAGCCCGCGCCAGCAGGACCUUGCGCGCCGCGUCUCCCGGUGCGCCUGCGCGGGGGCCCCAGCGGCG